AUGAAAACGAACAAAUGGGCAACGUUAAAUCUUUAACGUAAAACAACAUAAAAUUCAGUAAAAGUAACACAAAUUCAAUUUUUUUUUUACUCUUUGUCAUGAAUGGGGUUACAAACCAAGAAAAUUGAAAAUUUAUGUUAGCGGUAUUUUCAGCAUUGAAAAUUGCUCUAAUGAUUCUGACUGUCUUUUGAGCAUUACUCAAUAGCGACUGGAAUAAGCGGAAAUGUCAAAUAAGUGAAUGCUGAUAGUUUUUUGCUAUCGUUUACUAAUGAUUGACUUUCUUCGUGAAUGUUGUUUAAGUAUUUAGCUCAAAUUUGUACUAAAAAAGAUGUUUCCGGAAGUUCGAAACAAUUUCAAAAUGUUUGUAUGAAUGUAUGUUCAGUCAAAGUGUUGAGAAAUGGCUCUUCAAAAUUGAAAAGUUGAUCAAAAGUUAAUGGAGUUAAAUAAAUUUAGGCUAGUAAUGUCUAUUUCAACCGCAAAUUAAAAUUUUUAGCAUUCAAAAGCAUGUUAAAAAUUGGAAAAAAUUAAAAAUAUUGUUCCGAAAAUUGUUUUUUGGCAAUUCGAAUUUCGAACGCAAUUUUGCCGAAGACAGCAAUUUGAUUUGAAGUACAUUCUAAUUUUGUAUGAUCAACCCGCAAAAUUGUAUGGAGACUUGUAUGGAAUCACUAUUGACGUAAAAAGGUUUUUAUCGACAUAAGGAAUGCGUGGACAAAAUUUCACCAACAUUUUGAAAAAUCUAAAAUCGUAGAAAAUUACUCUUCUUCGGUUAGAAAGCUUCCAUGGCACACUAGAUCGGCCAAGUUAAAGAUUGUUCGCUCUAGUGCAAUCCAUGAAAAGUGUGUGACUAUUUUUUAUUAGGUUCGCAUUGACAAUUUGAGUAAGAAAAGUCAGUAUUGAAGGAGGGCGGGAACACGACGGAAAGAAAACCUAGGAUUAGCUAAUAAAUGUGUCAAUUUAGUAUUGUACUUCUUUACACCGGAAGAAGUGGAAAAUCAAAAGAGUAAUAACUACUACUAGCGAUGUUUAUACAAGAAAAAAACUCCCCCACAAAAAAUGAUACAAAGAAAUAUCCCAACCGAGAGCCGCGAGGAGCAAACACACAAUAAAACAAAAACUCUAAAAUCUAAUCAACCGUAGGGUAAAAGUCGAUAAUAAGUAGCGCAGGAAGCAAAACUCCCGUUUAUAAAUAUGAAAUUUAAGAAUAUAACAAAACAAAAAAACAAAACUGAUGCAACCAGAAGCAAAGCAUAGGCGUAACUAUCCUAAAGUAUUGUUAAACAGAGGACAAACAUGUAAAUGGUAGUUGUAUUCGUGACACAACCCUGUUUUGCGUUUUUUCGAUUUUUUUCUGUUUGGCACCGCAAAUUUUCUUGUGCCCCCCAAAAAAAACACUACGAAAAAAAACCCUUUAUAUAUGAGUGUGUAAAUGGGUAGAGAUAGUGUCACUACCACACUACUACUACUAAAUCGAACGGAAGCGAACCGCUCUAGGAAGGAAGCCUUUUUCAAACAAAAAAAUGUCUGUCUGUAUGUGUGUGUGCGAACAAUCUGUACAAUUGCGGAAGCAUACUUGUUGAGAAUAUAUCGUUGUUUAAGCCAAAAAAAUGUACUAAAUACUAACCUAGGAGUUUAAAAACAUCUUAGUAGUUUCCACCAAACAUCCCCCGAGCGCGCGCGUGUGGUUUGUGUUGUUGACUGUUUACCUUUGUUUUAUUUGUGGAUGAGUAGGAUGCGUUUCGGUUGCACAAAAACGAACAAAACGACACGAUCACACACACAUUAAUGCAUCACGUGUACUGCCUGAAAUGGCUACGCAGCGACGCCAUCUUGAAGCAGCUGUCAAAAAUGUUGGACAUUCGUAGAUUUUUUCGACAAAAUUAAUCACUUCAGCUCUUAACCAAGGGAAUGAUGGAACGAGAGGAAUCACAAAUCCGCAUAAAUAAUUUCAAGAUUGUUCAGGUGUAAACCGAAAACUCGAUCAAAAAUAAAAGUGGAAGAAUAAGGCUUUUAAAUGCUUAUUUAAUUGUCGGACGCCGCAUUGUUUAAUCAUUUUCUGGCGUACGUUCAAUUUUGCAGUCCAAAAUCAGUCAUUAAAUUGAAAAAAUAAAACUAUUUUUAAAAUUUCUUUUCUUGAUUUGUGUGCACCUACGUCGAAGGGCAAGAUUGUUUACCUUUUGCUCUUUGGUCUGACUGUCUUGGUCUGACAGAUUUAGUCUGACAGCUUUAUAAUGGAUUUUGGUCUGGUCUAGGCGAGGGAUAUGACACAGCACCUUCCUGCUCUUAACAGUGGAGAUGCCCUAAAAAUAAUUAUUUAAAAAACUGUCUCUUUAACUGCUAUGCAGCAUAAUGAGUAUAAACUUCCGCCAAAAAAAAUGAUGUAGUUGAUAUAUUGCGUUUUCGAAGUUAGCUUUGAAUUCAAAAAAUAAAACAAUUUAAAAAUAAUAUAAAUCUAAUAUUGCUUCAAGCAGUAGAGACGCCCUAAAGCAGGGCUGUUGAACCUACGGCAUGCGGGUCGGAUCCAACCCGUGAAGUCAAUUGUUCUGGCCCGCGACGCCUUUAGGAAUUACCUUUUUAAUUAUUAUAAGGCUUUCUAGUCAAAAAUUUACUAGAACGUUCAAAGUAUGUUUACAUGACAGCUGGACGUUUGUUUGCAUCAGGUUUCCUAUCUCUUUUCAGCAAAAGUUUUUCAUCAGGACACUGUGACGAGAAGUUCGUCAUUUUUGGGUUCAAUUAUAUUUUUUUCACUGGGCCUAGAAAGCCUUAUUGGCCCUUCAUGAAACUUUAAUUAAACUUAAUUAGUUUAUUUAAAACAAUGUUGUUUAUUUUCAAUCAAUUUAAAAUAUCAAACUUAAACAAAUAUUGCCUAAAAAGCAUGUUUUAGAGGUUAUUUAAUUUCCAAUUCUAUAAAUUUAAAUUUUAUAAAAAAAAAACUUUUUUUGUAUUCGUUCGAAAAUUUCCCAUUUCUUGUUAAAAAAUAAACGUUGGAAUAUGUGUUUUCAAAGAGUUAACAUUGAAUUUUAUUAGUUUUUACAAUACAUUUUCAAAUAAGAGUUAAAAAUGUUUUAACGGAUUUUGUUUAGUUAUUUGUAAGCCUCCGCUUACAGACAAGACCUCAUGUAAGAAAUAACUUUGUUGACCCAUGCAAUAUGAAAAAUCAUUAAAAAAAAUAAUUUUUAUUCUCAAAAAAUAAUUUUAGAAAUUUUGAUUUGGAUUUUUCUUUGAAUUUCUUUAUCUAUAAAGUUUUAUUAGUUGGAAAAAUUUGUGUGAUAUAUUUUUCAAUUCAUCCUUUUAUGGUUUUUAAAAAGAUUUUUAUCAGGUUCACCUGUCAGUGAGAUUUAAGGAAUUUUAUCUGUAUUUUUGAAAUUUUUAUUUAUUUUGCUGCAUACCUGCACAAUUUAUUUUUUUAGUGUUGCGAUUGAAUAAAUUUGAAAAAGUAUUUUGGUAAACAAUGCUGCAAUAUUACUUUCAGUACUUGUCUCAAAAAUAAUUAAUGUAAAAAAUAAUAACAAGAUAUCCGGCCCAUAACCGCUUCAGGAAAACCUAAAACAAACAAACAAACAAACAAACAAAACUCUUUUUUUUCAUUUUUUGCUCAUUCAAAUACUAGGCAUUUUAUCUGUCUGAAAUGUUUUAUUCUGUCAAAAACACUAGAAAUUUGCAAAUUAUGGCAGAUAAAAAUGUUUUUGAUUCUGAUUUUUCAUCAAUCUGAUUUAUAAACAGCACCAAAUAGUAGAGAUGCCCUUAGAGUAAAACGAUUUUUAACUUUUAUCAGAAAUUUUAUAAAGUAGAUAUUUUUAUAGUGUUGUACGAUUUUAACACAGCUCAGUAAUGUUACAUUGUAAUAUCAAAAAAACAAAGGCUAAAAUAUAAAUUCCAUUUUGUUCCGAGCGGUAGAGAUGCCUUUCUGCUUCCAAUUGUUUAUAUUUUAAUAACGUUUACAUAAAUAUUUAAAAGGCCGAUGAAUACGCAGACUACCCAAACUGCAUCGGCCGGCCCAGUGACCGCCUAAAUUUAAACCAAAUCCAAGCAAUCGAAACCAGUGAUCCCCGUGCACCGCGUUCAACCGCGUUCUCUGUUUUCUGUACUCGACCAAACACCAGCACCGCGUGUGCACGCGUACAAGCAAACUUAAACUCUGCCGUGUACAGACUGUACCCGUACACGAACCUCAAGUUUUAACCGAACCUUGCACCUCGGGUACAAACCCGGUGCAGGCCGACGACGCAGAAAAGAGACAAAAAUAAUUCCCUCACGCUCCCUCUGCUGUAAACUAGUGUUUCAUUCUCCGCUGCAGUCACACUACAGUGUUUGCCGCAGAGAGAGUGAGAAGCAGUCAUUUUUUCGUCUCUUUAUACGCUCUUCGCUCGCACGGCGUUGUACCCGAGGUGUGCACCCCGUGUUUACACCGCGUGUAAACUUGAGUGCGCCGUGCGGGGAGAACUCGAACAUGGUAGCCUGGUGUGUUUGAGAUUCAUCUGCACUGAAAACUUGUACGGCGUGUACGGCGUGCGUGCGUUUCGGGAAGACUGAUCGAAACCAUCAGUUUAAAAAAAUGUAAACGGAAAUGAUCCCAGUCAUGGAGUUGCCCUGAAUGUAUUAUUUUAUUAUUGUUGAAAUUGAUACGUCAAAAGCGGUAGAGAUGCCUUAAAAUGUAGGUAUUUAUUUCCUGUAGCAAACUUCAUUCAGCUCCAAAAUAUUUAAUGUUAACUUUUUAAACUUCAAAACCCACAAAAUUUAAAGAAAUACAUGUUCUUUUUUCAAUGCUUUUUGAAAAUUUACAAUCGGUUCGAAAUUCGAUUUUUGGUGAAUUUUAAGCCCGUCUAGAGGUGGGAUUAGGUUAAAGGCUAAUAUGCAGAUCGGAAGGAAAGGGGUCAAGAAACAGCUUUACGAACAGCAGAACAAAGGAGAGGGAGCGAUUUCUUGGGGCUUUUCUUCACCCUCUCUGACUUGCUUGCGCUGCCACUGAUGACCAUUUGAUUUUUUUCUUGACCGGUUCCUUCCGAAGUGCGCAUACCGCUUAAAGAGGGUUAAUUCGUAAAAAUUGGUUUGUCAAAAGCGGUCGGGAUGCCCUAAAGGCCGAACAGUUUUUGUCAUUUGAUGGGAUCUUUUAAUACAUCAACCAUUUGUUAUGAUUUUGCAUCUCAAGUAACUCUAGCAUAAUAAUGUAAACGGGAAGGACUGCUUCUUUACACUUCGUAUUUAGCCUAUCUACAUUUUUAUGCUUGAAUUAAAUAUGAAAAAUAAGGAACGCCACUUCCUUGAAACUGUAGAGAUGGUCUAUUGAAGUAUUGAUUAGAAACAUAAUAUUUAAAAUGGAAUUAAUCAAAGAACAACAAAAAUUGCCAUGCAAAAAUUGACAGCUGCUUCAAAUUUCGCGAUUUAUUUUAUACAUUAUUUAUUUAUUUUUCAAAAAAGUUAAACACACCGUUCCAAAUUCAAACUUUUAUUUCAACGAUCAUAGAACCGCAAUUUUUAAAUAAGAUCAUUUUGCACCUCAAACUGAGCCAAAAACACGAUCAAGAUUCUUCCUCUUUCUCCAAUUACCAAAGCCACACACACACACACACUCACAAGAGAAAAAAAGUAAAUUUAGAAACAAAAGCGCACGAACAAUCGUUCUUACCAAUACUGGGUUUUUGUAUCGGAAUGGAAAAUAUAAAUAAAAUUUACAAUUUCAUCGAAAAAAAAAACACACACAUUUCAACAACAAACCAUAGUAGGCCACUUUUAACUCACCAACACUAACGCAACACACUUCUCACCAACACGAUUUAGGUGAAAUUAGUACACACUCAAACAAAACUCAAUACAAGUUUCGUUAGUAAAUAACAACAGUCCUGUUCUAGUGGAAGAAACGGUUGAUCGAUUAGAGAAACGAGCAUCACUUAUACUUAAUUGCAUUAAUAUUAUAAAUUUAGUGAACGUGUGGGGCACGCGAGAGUCAGAAUAACAACAAAAGAAAACCAAAAUGGGUCAAUCAUUAAAAACACAAAGAUUUAAUCAAGUUUAAACAAAAAAGAAGAAAACAGAAUCGUAUAAAUUCAGCAGCUCACUGUUAUGCAACACCAAGACUUUAGAGUAGAUUUGAUUUUUCGGUUCCUUCAUGAAUAUCGUUCACAUAUAUAUUCGCAUAUACUCUGCAUAUGUAUUAGUAAAAGAAACACACACACACACGCAACACACAAGAUUUCUCUCCACCCUGGAAACUUACAGACAUACACACAGAAGAAGGGGAAAAACACAGUUUAUCACAUCACCCGGGCGUAGUUUAGUAGACAAAGUGAUAACUUUUUGGAAUGAUUUUUGUCUCAGUUAUUUCGAAAACCGGCAACUUCUCCUCAUGCUCGAUUCCUUGCUGCCUACAGCGCCAAACUGCCUUCAUGAAAAAAAUGCACACUGUUUCAACCUUCCUGAAACAUUUGCAAUCAGAUGUAUACAUUUAUUUAUUUAUCGAAAAGAAGAAGAAAAAAAAUCGUCACCGCAUCCCCAUCGAACUGCGAUACCGAUUUGUUCCAGUGUUCCUCUAGUGCGAGCGCGAUUGCCCUCUAAGGGCACUUCCACCGGUCGUUGCGAAACUUGUUUUUAUUUGAAAUUCUGUGAUCUAUUUUGUUUGGCAUUAUUGUCGUGCGCAAACUACAAUCAAGCAUGAAAUUUGAAAUUGCACGAUAUUUUUUUCUUUUGAAUCUGUCAAACGGAAAUCACUUUUCAAUUAACAAAAAAAAAAACAAACAUAAAUCGAUUGUAAAUAUAGUCGCACAGAUGCUAACAAAGCAAGGUAAAACUGUAUAGAUGAAUGUUGUAAAAUUCCGAUGUUUCUAAAACAAAAUUAACGUGUAAAAUCGAAGCAGGCGGUGCGAGGGGAGAAAUUCACCCACACCAGCCUGCUUGAUCGCGCACACUCGUAAGCUAAGCUAAGAAAAAGAAUAUGCAAACUGACGUUUAUCUACUGCAUAGAAUAUAACAACCCCUGUUGCCAUUAACAACUAAUAUUGUUAUUAUGAAUAACAAGAGAAAGAGAGAGCGAGCGAGCGGAGUCUAGGGGAAGUAACACAAAUUACGCAACACACCUGCAUUAGAACCAAAACAAUUACAAUUACAUUUGAAUGUGGAUGUGGAAAUCGUAACUCCCUUUAGCAAGUUCGUGUUUUAUAUAAACAGUCAAAAAAAGAGAAAGCAAAACAAAACUAUUUAGAAAAAAGUGUUGUUUUUUUUCUAAAAACUAAAGCAAAUACAAUGUGAAAGGGGUAAACACACACACACAAACCAGGAAACAAUAAAUAAUACUUAGUACCAACCUAGUUAAGCCGAGAGAGAGAGAUCAUGCACGUUUUUUCGAGGGUGAUGAGCAAUUCAUACGAAAAUACAUUCGCAGUUUUCAUUCACACCGCAAAAAAAAACAAGAGAUUUACUAGAACUGCACCUUUGAACAAAACAAAACAAAAGUCAUUUAACCGAAUCGUUGCAUUUUGUAGAGAGGCAAGAGGUGUGGUGCGCCCCUCCCCCCACGCAAAAGUUCUUCCGCAAAUCCACCGAGCGGAAACGCUGCUGCAAAAAAAAAACCGGAAGGCAAACAGAGGGACGCAACAAACAAACACACAGUGUUUGCACACCUUUUUUUCGUUCUUUUGAUAGAAGCAAUUUAACACACUGAAAACACACACACAUACACACUUUUUAUACACACAUUCGCAGUGCGCAGUUAUUAUGACAGCAAAAGUGAGGAAAAGCGGUAGAGAUGCCCUUAUAAGCGAGCAAGCAAAAGGAAAAGAGAGGAUACAAAAAUACUGGUCAUUAUACUAUUAAUAAGAGAUUUAAGAAGUUUAGUGCAAGAGAGCAGCGCAAAGGGCACGUGAAAAUUCCGCCAGACUAAUGGGAAAAAGAAAAAAGUUUAAAACCGCAAAUUUAACGUGAAAAGAAGCGAAAAAAAGAAAAAAAACUAAACUUCUACAUGGGUAAACUAGAAGAAAACGGUAAACAAAGGAAAUCAUGCAUGAGCAAACGUGUGUGUGUAUAUACGAAUGAACGGAAAUGCACUUAUGAGAACAUUUUUAGAUUAAAAAACCAACAUUAUAAAAGUGAA